CCAAAGAGGCUUGUCCUGCAGCAGCGCCAGCCUGCACUCACACUGCUUCUGUGCUACCGAGAGACGAUGUGUGUUCAGCUAGUUUAGACAAGGCACAGUAGCGAGAUAUAUCAGAAACUAGCAGACAGCACAGCACCGUCCGGAGCUAAAAGGAGUGUCUUGUUUUGGGUCUACACAGUUCACCUAGAACGGAGUUAGCCAUUUUGCUAAGCAGCUAAACCGCCAUCGUAUUGAGUUUGCUUUAUAGACACACAGCAGGCUAGCCGCAAACACCAUCGCAGGGGAAAUGAAGGACAAACAAAAGAGAAAGAAGGAGCGGACCUGGGCUGAGGCAGCCCGCAUGGUUUUGGAGAACUUCUCUGAUGCACCCAUGACUCCCAAACAAAUCCUCCACGUCAUCCAGACCAAGGGGCUGAAGGAAAUGCGGAGUGGUACAGCACCUUUGGCCUGUCUGGUCACUAUGCUGCACUCCCAGGUGAGGGGAGACCGAGUGAAGAACAGCAUCUUCUUCAAGCUGCCGGGACGGAUGAGCCUGUUCACCCUAAAGAAGAACGCCCUCCAGUGGACAAAGACAACAUCAGAGUCGGAGCCAACUGAUCCAGCCAGCAGCACGGCCCCAGCUUCCAGCACCUCUGCAGCAGGUACAGCGGCCACAGUCGGCCCCAAUGAGGCCACUGGGCAGGAGAGCUGCGACUCCACCGAGACCACUGCUGCCGCAAGUGGAGACAAUGACGCCUCUGUGGAUGAGAGCUCGUCCAGCGCCUCCUGCUCCACAGAAGUGCUGGCUGUCAGCUCCCAACCCCAGACCCGCCUCAGCAGGGCGGCAGGACAGCAAGCACGCAUAGACACACAGCAGGCCCAACAUGCUCCACACACCCAGACCAGGCUAAGCCGCUCAAGACAGUCAGGGAGGCAGAGGAAGAAAGCAGUCAUGAUGCCUCGCGUUGUCCUCACUCCUCUUAAAGUGAAUGGAGAGCAUGUUCCCUCAGGUCCCAUGAAGAGGAGUCGGGGAGGGGUGGAUGUAGAUUUUGAAACACCAGGCUCAAUCCUGGUCAACACCAACAUCAGAGCCCUUAUCAAUGUGCGUACCUUCGCAGCCUUCCCAGUACACUCGCAGCAGCAGCUGCUGCAGCUGCUGCCUGAGGUGGAAAGACAGAUUGGACCAGAUGGUAUGGCCCGACUGAGUAGCUCAGCUCUCAACAAUGAGUUCUUCACCCAUGCCUCCCAGAGCUGGAAAGAAAGGCUGGCGGAGGGUGAGUUCACCCACGAGAUGCAAGUGCGUUUCCGACAGGAAAUGGAGAAAGAGAAGAAAGUAGAGGCUUGGAAGGAAAAGUUUUUUGAAGAGUACCACGGGCAAAAGUCUGGCCUGACACAAGAGGAGUCCCUGAAGCUCACCAUGAGUGAAGCCAGUGAAGCUGCAGCCGGCGUGCUGGACACUGACGUGGCUGUGGUGGCAGCUGGGGCCCCCAAGAGACGCAGCGUGGGUCGGCGAAGGAGAGAUGGCAGGAUGAGGAGACGCACACGAGCUGACCUGCGUCGGAGGGCCCGUCGGACCCUCUGCAAGGCCCCUCCCCCAGCCCUGCAGUCUGCAGAAGCCGCUGAGCCCAGCCCUGAACUGGACCUCCCAGCAGAUUCUAUUGGCUCUCCCAUGUCCGACAACACGGUCAUUCAAGGAGAGGUGGUGCUGCAGGCUGAGUGCGGUGUGGAGCUCUCUGCUGAGAGUCCCUCCAUAGAGACAAAGACCCCCCCCACUCCAGAGCCAGUCAUAUUGUCAGCCUCCACUCCCACUCCCACCCCUACUCCCAGCCCAGCCUCCACCAGUGCAAACGAGGAGCCUGAGGCUGCGUCCCGCCUGCUCCCAGAGGAGAAUGCGCCUAUACUGGCUUCUACCUCCUCACCUUCCUCCUCCUCCUCCUCCUCUUCUUCGUCUUCAGCCUCUUCGCCUGUCUCCUCUCCCUCUUCACCUUCUGAAACACAGGGAGCCUUCGCCACAGGCCUGGACUCUUCCUCCUCCUCCUCCUCAGCAUCCUCCAGUGCUGCAGUCGCCGCCGAUCCUCUGGAUGACACUGCCUCCGUUGUCACCUCCAUCACAGGGGGGACGGCCACCAGCAGCCGUGAGAGCAGCCCAUCAGCCAGCCCAGCCCCCACCCCUGCACCCAGCGCUCAGCUCAAGGAACAGAAGAGAAGGCCCGAUGAGGCUCAGGCCUUCUCCAGCUUCCCCGAAAAAAGGCCGCGGAUUGAGGACCGUCAGUCCUUUCGUACCACAAUUGACGGUGUCCGUACGGAGAAGCCGCAGCAGACAACCGAAGAGCCCAAGGUGCCACCUAUCCGGAUUCAACUCUCCAGAAUCAAACCCCCCUGGGUCAAAGGUCACCCAACCUACCAGAUCUGCCCCCGCAUCGUGCCCCCCGGCGAGGGCUCGCGGCGGUCGGGGACGGGCGGUGCGCGGACCCUUGCGGACAUCAAAGCCCGCGCCCAGCAAGCCCGGGCCCAGCGGGAGGCCGCUGCUGCUGUUGCAGCCUCUAGCGACGGGGCAGGGCCGGGGGUCCGGCUGCGGCCUGCUGCUGGGCUACCGGAUUGCAGCAAUGGACGACGAGCGAGAGAGCAUCCAGGACCUAUCGAGCCCGGAGGAGGAGGAGGGGGGGGAGGAAGAGGAGGAGGAGGAGGAGGAAGAGGAGGAGGAGGAGGAGGAGGAGGAGGAGGAGGAGGAGGAGGAGGAGGAGGAGGAGGAAGAGGAGGAAGAGGAGGAGGAGGAGGAGGAGGAGGAGGAAGUAGUAGUAGUGGAAGAAGGGGAGGUGGUGGGGUGGAGGAGCAGGGAUCGUCUUCAGGCUCUAAUACGUCAGGAACACAACUACAGCUUCACAAUGUAGAGCCCCAGUCCUCCCCUUCCCUGUCCACUACCUCAACCUCUUUGUGUUCGGAGGCCCCACAGACCCCAAGCUCUCCUCCAGAGGAUGCAGCUGGAGGGCCAGAAAACGGAGAGGAAGUAGAAGCAACAUCAACUAAUGUCCAGAAUUCCUCCAACAGUCCUGAAAACAAGGCACCUGACUCCGCCUCUCCAAAGCCUAAGGCGAUGGAGUCUCCUGCAGCCAUCUCAGAGAUGGCUGAACAUGGUUCCAUAAAACCUCCACUGACCCCAACCUCCAUCCCGGAUUCCCUUCCUAGGUUUGGAGCUCAAGGUGUGGAUGUUAUACAGACGCUGGCCAGCUCUUCUCGGGCCAAAGAUCUGGUACAGGUGAAGGAGUCUGGACUGGGCGGUGUAAUCCAGCAUGGUUCCCACCAUGUGGAGCACCAGGAUGUGUUCUCUGCCUCCGCAGGGAGGAGGCAUACAGAAGCUCAUUCCUCUGGUGGAGAGAAAGAGUACGAGGCUGGGACGCAUAGUGACUCCACAGAAACGGCCUCAGACUGUGAGAAUGACCUUCAGGAGGAUGAGCAGCAGCCUGACGGGGACUGGGCCCCCCCACUGAGCAUCCAGAGAAACAGCCAGCUGGUCAUCUACAGCCCUCCCCCAAAGAACCAUCAGCCGGUCAUCCAGGCCCACGUGUCCAACCGCCAAGGUCAGACUGUCAUCCAGCCGUGCUUCCCCAACGGCCUGCCUCACCCUAAGCACAGCAGCCCCCGCUCCCAGGACUACCAGUCUCUCCCCACAGCCCAUCAGCAGGGGUUAGAAGAUGGCGUUGUGAUCAAACUUGAGUCUGGAGAGGAGUGUCGGGAAGUUGUGAAGCCCUCAGCUGCAGCUGCCUCCAGGAGGAUGGCCAGCUCAGCUAGAGCAGUUUCCAGUGUGGAGGCCAACAAUCCUCUUGUUACUCAGCUCCUGCAGGGCAGUCUGCCCCUGGAGAAGGUUUUACCCUCACACUCUGCCAACAGGCUGGAGAUCAGCCGACUGCCAGGACCCCAACCCCCACCACCAGGGUCACGGACCCCAGGGCUUAGCCACAGGCCUGAGGGCUCAGUCCAGUCUUCUAGCCCUGAACUGAACGCAGCCUAUCAGAUCCACAACAAGUCUCCUACAGGUCGUCCAGUCUCCUGUCUGAUAGAGACACCAGCAGGGCAGUACCAGGCUCCGCAAGCACCCGGGGCUGUCGCGGUCAUCACCUCUCUGCCCCCCUCCUCAUCCUCCAGCUCUUUGUCCUCCAGGAGUAAGUCAGACCCUGAGACUGCUGGGGAGUCUGUGGUUAUAAAAGACUCUCAUGGCCGUCAGCCUUCACAGGGGGUCACUCCAGACAGGCCCCAGCAAGCCCACAGAACCACACCCAAUGGCCCCUCUCCUCCCCAUGCAGACCCAUGUCCCACAGAGGUGUUGCCUACCAUUAAGAUUAACUGGCGGCCCCCGCAGUCUCAGUCUCCUGCUUCCACCAUAAAGAAUGAAGUGGGUGCACGGCCUGCUUGUCAGGCUCUUUCCAAAUCCUCCCCCAUCAAACCCAUGAGUGUUACCAAAAAAGAGCCCGGGAGCUCCAUGGACGGCUACCUGAGCGGGGGAGCGAUGGAGGGACUCCUCAACAUGGAGAUGACUUUAGCAAGGAUGGCAAAGAAAGAGCACAGCAAGGCUAGCUACUCCUCUGGCUCUCCCUCUUCCUCUUCCUCCUCCUCCUCCCCCUCCUCUACUGCCUCCACCCUUCCCUUUCAGCUCUAUGGGAAGCUCCCCAAACACGGUGGAGGAGUCAGCUACACAGCCAAUGUUUCAGUGAUGGACAGCGGAUUCUCGCGCAGCAUGGCGGACGGAGUUCUGCAGCUGCGCCCCCGUCAGACCACCCUCAGCAUCCAGGCCUACACUGACAGUACUGCAGAGGAGGUGGCGCUCAAGUGCUCGUGCCGCCUCAAAGCCAUGAUCAUGUGCCAGGGCUGCGGUGCCUUCUGCCAUGACGACUGCAUCGGGCCCUCCAAACUGUGCGUGUCGUGCCUGGUGGUCAGAUAGGGUGCUGCAGCUUCAGCAGGUCAGGCUCAGUGUACAGGACCGGGGAGCCUGACGGCAGGACCUGCCUUGUAUUAUAGAAUUGGUCUGUAUUUUUUGUUGUUUAAGAUUUUCAGAUUUUUUUUUAGCUGUACUUAUAUAUUAUUAUUGUUGUUGUUAUUAUUAUUAUUAUUAUUAAUAUUAUUAUCAUUAUUGUGAAUCUGAGGCAUGGUUGAUUGUAAAUUGUGCCUUUUUUGUUUUCUUUCCUCAAAACAUUUACCUCAUCUUAUCUUGCUACACCUUUCAUCAAUUGGUGGUCAUCAUUGUUUUGGUCCCUUGUUUCCUCAGCGGACGGGGACCUGUUGUUGUCUUUGCGCAAAGAAAUAUUUUUUUAAACCAUUAAAAUGAGUAAAUAAAAUUGUUUUGCUGGUUGG